AUGAGCACCGAAGAAAUCUCUUUAGAAGACUUAUCAGAUUCAGAGAUCGUAGAUGAGGAUGUAAUACCGCAGCAACGCAUAAUAAUUAAUAAUAAAUCAGCAUUAAAACAAAUAUAUGAACAGAUUAAACUUGACUUGCCAUGGAUAGAAACACAAUCAAUUACAACUUCUAAGCCGGUGAAUAUCAAUGAUGUUGAUAAUGAUGUUGAGCGUGAAUUAGAAUUUUAUAGACAAGCAUUAGAAGGAGCAAUCGAAGGACGGGAGAAAGUUAUAGCGUCAGGAGUACCAUUUACAAGGCCGGAUGAUUAUUUUGCAGAAAUGAUAAAAUCAGAUCAACACAUGAGAAAAGUGCGAGAAAAUUUAAUUGAUGAAGAACAAAAAAUUAAAGCGAGUGAGAAUGCAAGACGACAAAGAGAAUUGAAGAAAUUUGGUAAAAAAGUCCAAGUAGAAAAGGUGCAAGAACGACAAAAGAAACGUAAAGAAGUAUUGGAAAAAAUCAAAGUUAUGAGAAAAAAAAGAAAGAAUGUCAAAGAUAAAGCUUCUUUUGAUGAUGGAUUUGAAUAA